AUGCCUCCAUGUGGUCCUCGUUCGGGAAACCCACUCGCCGCAGUAACAACUUUACCAAACAGGAGUCAAGACCAAGCCCCGCAUAUACCACAGCCAACCCAGAGCUCCCGCCGUCACAACCCGGCAUCAACUACAGUAUUUAUUAACGUCUGCUUUGAACCGACGAUCCCUCCCCAGACGCCGACAGACUGGACCCCACAACCGCUCCCGACCCGCGUUCCAGGCGUAGAGAUCACGGCAGCACACCCGACCGAGUCGCCGGCCAAGGUUGCAGUCAAGGUGGGCGACAGCUCGUCCUUCUUCAUCGCAACUCAGGAGAAGCCGCAGAGCGUGAAGCGCACAGAGUGUCCCCGCUGCGGGAGCACGUUCGCCGGGGCACAGAAGCUAAAGAGGCACCAGAGGAGCGGUGCCUGUGAGAGACAGGGGGCUGAGACCUCGCCAGAAGUCAGGGAAGAAAGGGGUGGGGUUUGGAAACGGUCUUGCCCGUUCUGUGGGAAUUGUGGUACAUACAAGACUAGGAACUCGGCGGUGGUUGCAGUCAGGAGGCAUUACAAGGUGCGCCAUCCCGAGAGGGAUCUAGGGGAUAAGAGGAGGAGGAGGACUAAUGGGAGGAUUCCUGGACUGGGAGGGGGAGGGGGCGGAGGGGGUGAUGGGAGGUUGAUCAUGGAUGGUGAGGGGGAAGAGGAGUAUUACAUCUCCCCGGACGGAGAGAAUUACUAG